UAAAAUUAUUUGUUUCGCGAGACUCGCUCUCACAUUCGCGCACCGCGAGUGGAGCGGAAAGCAGCGCAGCUCGCAGGUCUCUCUCACCGUCAGUCUGCUCAGCACGUCUUACGCGAUGUUGGACCUCGCAGCCGGACGAAAGGCCUCAGGUGAUUUGGGCAGGGGACUCGUUUGGCGUCUGCUGCUGUUGACGCUUGCCCUGACGCACCCUUCGGCUGCUGCCUACCUGGUUGAGGGGAGUCCUGAGUCCAUCACUUCGACCACCACAACCGAAAUGCCAGCCACAAAACACCAUUCAGGGCGCCACGUGUGUACCAAAGAACAGGCAGUGACUGAGCCUGUGCGGACGAGAGAGUCGUACUGCAUCCCAUCCUAUAAGUCCUACUACAUGCCCUGUGAAAGUGGGCUCUGCAGACGAAUCAGGGUGGUCUAUGAGACGGCUUACAGAGAUGUGGUAAAAUAUCAGGUAUCACACAAGACCUCCUACUCUUGCUGCCCUGGUUGGGCUCCAUCCCCAAAAUCCAGCAAUGGAUGCUCCAAAGCCAUAUGCAAGAAAAAAUGUGAAAAUGGAGGUUCUUGCUUGAAACCAGACUUUUGCGGCUGCAGACCAGGUUUUGCUGGGCAAUAUUGUGAGAAAGAUCUUGACGAAUGCAGCUUACGGCAGCACACAUGUAGCCAUAUGUGCGUCAAUACAUUUGGCAGCUACUACUGCAAGUGCCACCCUGGCUACGUCCUAAAACCCGAUGGAAAGGGUUGCCAGUCAAAAUACAAUAACAUCGAAACGACCCCAGCAACAACCACUACUUUCAAAACAACCCUUAGCACGACUACGGCGCCUCCCACUACCACUGAAAGGGACCGGGAGGAGCUCGAGGAUUACGACUUCACCUACGAGUUUGUGAAUCUCAACAAGAGAAUCAAUAAAAUUGAAAGGAUUGUUACGCAACCAUUCAACGAGACCGUUGGUGGAAAUAGUUUAGAUGUUCUUGCGAAACUGGAUGCAGUGAUUGAAUCUCAGAAACUUUUAAAGUCAAGAAUUGACAAUUUGGAGAAAAAGAUUGAUCAGUCACGAAAACAAAUGAACAGGCGAAAGAAAAAGCUUGCUGGAGAGGAGGAAAUGAGACUACACCACAUCACAAGGCAAAUCUCUGCACUGAGCCAAAGACUGGAUAAUUGUGCUUGUGGAGCUGCUAACAAUAUCAUAGGUUGAAUAAGAGCAGAAACAACGUGACUGAACCCUAUUUUUUGUGAAUCAAGAUCCGAGCAGCAUUUUUUCGUGAACAAUAUCACUGCCAUACUCUUUGUUAAUUUAAGUUCUUGUAAUUUUUGUAAAUAAAUAUGAAGAAAUAACUGCAGCAAA